AUAAAAUAAUCACAACAAUUUAAUAGCGUUCUAGUACAUUGAACUGACGUUCGGAGCUCAUACGAAAGACUUAUAUAUAACGCUAAACGCGCAAUAAAUCGAUUAUCGCAACAAUUUGGACACUGUUGACUUCAUUUUGGAGAAGUGUUUUGGAUAAAGUGAGGAAAAUCGUUAUUUCCUUUUCAACACUCACUGAUAGCGUUUUGACGAAUGUUCCAAGUAAAGGCCUUUAAAAUAUACGAGUUGAAAUCGUUGGGGAGAAGAUUAUUUACUGCAUCGUUUGUUUUCUGAAUGAAGUGCUCUCCUGGACAAAGAAUUAUCUGUACGUUAUUGAUUUUUGAAACGUGAGUUUUUUUGCACUCCAAAAAGUGAAACUUCAAUCGGAUUACAUUGCAAUUAUCUUGCGUUGGCACGCGUAGACUCUCAGAAAACGCUUAACAGCAUUUCUGAUAUCGUUUUGCGCCAUGAUCGAAGUAAUAGUUGGCAUUAUUUUGAUAUAUUUUUUCUGGCGACUUCUCUUUUUUUAUUGGUCACAUUUUACGUCACGUGAUCUGCCACCCGGUCCAUUUCCGCUUCCCUUUCUGGGAAACUUAAAUUUGAUUGGUACGACCGUUCACAUUGAUUUGGCAAAGCUUGCUAAGAAAUAUGGCGAUCUGAUGACAAUCUACUUCGGAAGCGAGCGUGCGCUUGUCGUGAGCAGCUCGGAAAUGGCUCGGGAGGUACUCGUGAGGCAAUCAUUUGUUUUUGGUGGAAGACCGUUGAACCUACCUUACGCGGCCAUUUUGUUUAGUCACGAUGGUAAGAAUAUCGCUUUUUCGAAAGAAAUUUCUCAGCGUUGGAAGAAACAACGUAAAAUAUUUCAUGCUGCUUACAGGACGUUUGGUAAUAGUCAUGAAAAUAAGGCUUGUGACGUCAUAAAGGAUCUUUUGGCUGACCUGGGAGAAAAAACGGUCACUCUAAGGAACAUUCCGCAAGAUAUAUUUCAUUGUGUUGCUAACAUCAUUUGUGCCAUAACAUUUGGGUUCAAAUACGACAAAGAUGACCCAGAAUUCCAUGCUCUCAUGAACACUUUUAAUAUUGUGCAGCAGUAUGUUGCCCCUGGCAACCUCAUUGAUGCCAUCCCGUUGCUAAGGAGAUUGCCUUUGAAGAGCGUGAUUAAACUUAAGUCGGCCACUAAUCUUUUGGACACGAUUGUUUUGCGAAUAUACGGGGAGCACGAAACCGCAAAUCCAGUGGAAGACUACGAUUUGACGCAUGCGUUUCAGAAGCAAUCAGAUGACAUCAUGGAUAGUAAGAGUAAUGACGUCAUUUUAACGAAGGAAGAAAUAACUUGUAUGAUGAAAGAUAUUUUUAUAGCGGGAAUUGAAACCUCGACGUCAGUGAUCACGUGGGGGCUAUAUCUCUUGGCUUUUCAUUCAGAUAUACAAGAUCAGAUUUACGAAGAGAUGAUGCAAGUUCUAGGCCCCGAUUCUCCCCCGACAUUUUCCGACCGUCAUCGACUACCUUUGCUCUGGGCAAGCAUCACAGAAACGUUAAGAUAUGGGUCUAUUGUACCUUUACUUCUACCCCAUAGGGCAACAUCCGAUGCAAAAAUUAACGGUUUUCACAUUCCUAAAGACACGACUGUAAUCGUAAAUGCCUUUGCUAUUCAUGACGCAAGAACUUGGCAUGACCCGCAUGUCUUUAGGCCAGCCCGAUUUUUGAAUAGCUGUGGAAAUUAUUCGACACCGCCGCCUUUCUCGAUGUUUCCAUUCUCGGCAGGCAGUCGCGUUUGUGUCGGAGAGACUCUCGCGAAGAUGGUUGUGUUCGAUGUCAUUGCCCGGAUGUUAUAUAGUUACCGUAUGACAUUGGUAAACAUGAAGUAUCAGAGAGUGGAAGCUGACAUGACGAAUACAGCUAUUAUUCUUAAGCCGAAACAUUUGCAAAUAGCUCUUGAAAAACGUUGUGUCUAAAUAUGAAGUAUCAGAGAGUAGAAGCUGACAUGACGAAUACAGCUUCUAUUCUUAAGCCGAAACAUUUGCAAAUAGAUCUUGAAAAACGUUGUGUCGUAAAAACUGACGCAGUUGAUGAAACGACAAAAUGUCAAUUUUAGUUUUUUACUCUUGGUUUAAUGACCAGUAGAUUCAUACGUUAAAAUCUUUCGUACUUAAUUUUGUAUAUUAUCUUGAUAUAAUCUUUUUCUGAUAUAUUUAAAACAAUAGUAUUGUUCUUUAAAUGCAUAAAUUUCUUUCGAAUUACAAAAAUUA